AUGUUUACCAUAUCUGCACUUUGGUUUUGCAUGAAACGUAUGCCAAGAAUUUUGGCAUUAUGCUUUAAUUUUAUCACAAUAUUCUUAACAGUUUUCCUGUUGAUUGGGUGUUACUCUACCCAUCAUGAUUCCACUUUCUUGGUUCGUUAUAAGUUCAAUUCUGAAUCCUCUUUUUAUCCAGUGUUACAAAAUUCUUUUGCUACUGAAUCUGCUGAAACUAAAGGUUUGGAAAAAAUUGUAGUGAAGUCUGGCUAUAUGGGUAUCUGCAUCGAUAAAAUCCCUUCCAAUUUUAAUUCAACUUCAAAGACCAUUUGCUAUUCAAGAAGUGCUAUAGAAAAGACAAAAUUAUACAAUGACGUCUCAUUAACUUUAUUAAAUAUUCAAUCGACAAACUCUACAUCGACACCAAGUAAGAUAAAUAUUUUGGAAUUAGCAAAACUAACCUCUGACAAUGUCAUACAUCCAUACGUAUUGAUGGCAACUAUAGUAUUGACAAUUUUGAUGUUUAUUCUAUUGGUUUACGUCACUGUCCCUUACGAAUUGCCAUUUAAAUUAUAUAUUAAUCAACUUCUAUUAGUAUGGAGUAGUGCUUUGGUUCUAUUAUGGGGGAUGGGUGCUACUUCAACUCAUAUUGGUGCACAUGCAAGUAAAGAUUUCAUUCCUGCUGCAAGUUUAGGAAUUAUCUCAGUACAUGUUGGUAAAAAAGCUGGCACCAUGGCCUGGUUUAGUUUUGCCUUCUUGUUGAUCGAUUGUCUAAUAUUAUGGUAUUUAUAUAUUAGAAACAGAAAAUCUAUUAGUCAAGCAAUUGAUGAGGUCCAUCAGACAACAAGCAAUCCAUUCGAUGAUAAAUUGAACGUUAAUAAAAAUACUAAUAAUAACUAUGGUUCAUAUUAUAAAUACGGAUCCGAUUCUUCUACUUUACAUUCAAAAGUAUAA